GCGCUUAAUCGCUUACUGACUGAAUCCAGCCAUCGAUGGUAAUGGACAAGCAAUAAGACAGAAAUAUUAGGAAAAUCGAUAAGAGAUCUCAACAAGAAGCAACAUCGAGAUUAGUCUAGAGGUAAUAACGAAGCGAAUCCUGCACGUACAUAUCGAAUAUGUGUAGAAUUGCGUAGAGCUGAAAUCGGAGGCAAGUCAUACAGAGUCGCAAGAAAGGUUGGAGUGGGUAUUAUGUGGUGAAAUAAGAACGUUCCUGCAAAUAGUUUAGGGGACAACAAGCAUUAGGAGUGUACAGAAGAAGGAAUAUAGGAUGCGUUAGAAGUUGUUGAAGGAGCUACUGUACGUAAGGACUAGGCGAGAAACGCGGGUCUAUAAUAAAUUCAUCACUACUGAUCUUUGUGGAAUCCAUGAAGGUUACUGCAGCGUUAGCGGCACAGGGUUAGUAUGGAACUUGCCGAAAACCAAUUAAAUCUUGGCGCCUGAAGGCGCCAGCUACAUUGAGCCGUAAGCCCAUGUGUGGUAGGGUAAAAUUACCGAUCGCGACAAAAGCCUUGACGAUGUUUAGGUAUUCUGCUUACGACUGCAAUCAUUGUUCUAGGUACAUAAAGACGCUUAGUUAUAACGCGAAUCAGCAUCUGCAGUAGUUAAUUCCGGUUUAAUUUAUUGCACAUGGUCACAGAGCACCGCGUUUUGGGCAUUCCACUUUGUAAACUAGCAUGAACAGGUCUUCUGAUCGGUAUUCGUCGGCCUGUCUGUUUGCGCGCACGCAUAGUGUAACCAGGGGAGAGGACCGACUCUCAGAGAUAGCCUGUGUAUCGCUGAUCCUCAACUUCAGCAAGAAAUACCUUAGCGCUGAGGACUGGUUGUUUUAACGUCCGAUACGUUCUAUAUGCUCGAGCCGGCGCGUGCUCAGAUUUCAAACUCCUUGAAAUGGCUCAUACGCCGCUUACACAGCCCUCUCCCUUACAUUGAGCGGUUCGGUGUCGACCCUGCGCGCCUGAAAUGGUUCUCUGUGUAAUAUUAUCAUCCUCUCGCUCGCGAGACGGCGGGUGCGCUGUGCUCGUACGAAAACACAAUGUUACAGCCACCAUCUCCCAUCCAUAUCACCAGCAGUGCGUUAACAAAAUCAUCAGGUUAGUCGUGUUGAAGUGCAGGCGGACCGUGAGCCAUGACCCAGUGUUUUCGGCAAGGACGCGUCUGAGUGGACGGUUCGGUGGAAAACGCGCCCAUUUUUAGACAGAAACGGAUACGGAGCAAUACCAAUAGACGAAAUUAGAAUUGUCUCAAAUGAGCUUUCGUUAUGAAGUUGUUGUUCGAUUCAGUACAUCGACGGGCUUGGCCAAUACAGAAUAGCAGACGUAAUAGGAAACCAGCUAAUUGAUUUCAAUUGUAAGCCAUCUGGAUGACAUGGCGACCCAAAUUGCUCGUCGAGAUGGUAGUCACACAUUCCUACCGAUCGUCCUGAUGAAAUCCCCAACGCAGACUCCAGUUGUGACUGACCCAGAGUCGACUUCUGUCGUUAAGGAAGAAAUUCUCAGCCCCAUUCCAGAAAUCACCUUUAUAAACGCAACUGAUACGCACGAAGCAGCGGCGAAACUUGCACCGCAACCACAACAAAUUCGCGUUAUGGUCCAAAUUCCUCCAGAGCGAUCACGAAGUCCUCCGUCUACGGCACCAGAAUUUUGCGUCGACACAACUAAAGCUAUUUAUCCAGGUCUUCAUCUUGGAGCUACCUUCAGCAGCUACCAAGAUUUAACUAACCUCGUGGCUAAAUUUCAGAUGGCCAAGGGAGUCCAUCUUUAUGUUCGUUCCUCACGAAAGCUCUACCCUGCGUUAAACCAUAUGGGAGAAGUCAUUCGUGACUAUAACCACAGCCUGAUCUUCGCCGAAGUGUACUACGCUUGCACCAGGGGUGGACGCCGCUUCGCGCGCCGAAUCGGUGGAGAUGCGGAAUUUCGAAACUGUCCAUUUAAUAUCAAAAUUCGUCUAACCAGGGACGGCAAACAUCUCUACAUACGAGAUAUCUGCCCUGCACAUAAUCACGUCCUUGAAAGGGGCGUUGUUCCUAGGCCUGUCACACACGCACCUCAAGCGCUGGACGAUAUUGGUCAACGACCUCGAAUAAAAAUCAUGAAACCACCCUCUAUUUUAACAAGGCAUCCUAUUAUUCACACUCUUGUACGAGGGGAGUCUACAUCAGACGUAAAUGGCGCGUGUUCACGUCAGGUGAUUCUCGUACCAACAACCAGCAUACGUAGUCCUCUCACUGGUCAGAUGGUCGUCCCUCUAACGGUUGCGCCUGCAGCAAAACCUACUGGACCUACAAUGACAUCAAUUAGUGCAGCCACUCCCAGCAAGACCGCUGUUGUUGCAAGCGCAAUUCGUACUCAUGUAUCGACAACAACGGUGCCCACUGAUGCACGCACACGAAUUCAUGCUGCAGUGACUGCCAUUCAAAACCUAGCUCCCGUGAGAGUAAAGGAGGAACCGAAGGACGUGGAUGUAGGGAACAAUGACUGUGCGAGCUGUGAGCCUGUGUAUCAAGACACUCCAUCGCAGGUAGACGACCAGGCAUCGUAUGUGUUUAAAACGGAGGCGACCGAUGAAGUCGUUGAACAGAGUGUGUUCGACGCUGAUACAGACUGCGUUAUGGAAUCAGAAGAGAAGAUAGUCCCAGACGAUGGCGAGUCCGUAGAAGACGAUACAGCAAAUGAGUUUUCAGCCGAUCUCGACCUUGACGAUGAGCAGACAGAUGGAUCUUCUGAGCUGGCCAAACGUCCGCGAAUGACUCGCACCCUGCCAUGCCCGGACGAUCGUUUCGUUAUGUCACGACAAAACAUUCUCGAUACGAUGAAAUUCUGCUGCGAAUGCGGUACCCGCGUGUCUGAACGCUAUUACACCGACAAACCGGACCGGUUAGCUGUGACAUUGGUUUGCGAAGAGGGUCACACAGUGGACUGGAUAUUGCAGAAAAUAAUACGCAAAAAGAUCCCAUACCAGGUACGACUAUCGGAUUUCUUGCCGAUGUCAAGUGUUCAAGCUGUCGACGCAGUUCAAAGGUGAAAGUCAAAAAUAGUUACUUUUCUUCAAAACAAAUCAGUACAACAACGCAAAGAUGGUUGCGUCAAGCAGACGACAAGAAUACUAAUAUUUAUAUAAGACACUCCUGUUUAUAUGACAUGUACAAAGUAAUAUUAAAGCUCUACGAUGGCGUAGUGCAAUAAUUAGCUACGAGCUUAGCAAACCAGUUUCAAUUCAGUUGUAUAUACGCAUUGCUGAAAAUCCUCAAGAAGCUUCCUGCAGCCGGAAACGGGUGAAUCCGUUAACGAAAUGAUAGUUAUUAUGUUCAAAGUGCUUUUCUGUGGCGCGCGUGAUGUGUCUGUUCUCACCCCGGUAUAUUUUCCGAUUGUGCUAACUUCAAGUAAGCAAAUUCAUAAAAUAUAUUAGCAUGGGUUUAGUGAGCAUCGCUGAGGAAUCCCGUAUUUAUGUGUCACAGGUUUACUCUUUAUAUGUAUUGAACAUCAUAGGGAGACCUGCCACUGUAAUGAAACAUCAUUCUUUCAUGGUAAAUCCUUUACAUUUAUCGCAAGCAUAGGUAUUCUCCAGGGACUCCAUUCACCGUCCUAGCAUGAUGAAAAGACUGUUAUGCAGUAACGCAUCGUCGAUAUUCAUGGUUAGAUUAGAGUUUUUAUUCGUAGAACAUCUGUAGUAAUAUAUAUAUAUAUAUAUAUAUAUAUAUAUAUAUAUAUAUUGUGUGAUACAAUUACAUAUUUUGUUUCCAGCGAAGAUAAUAUAACCAAAGGCUGUUUACGUGCUUGUUUUUGUACCAUUUCAUAGCAAAUUAGGUUGACUAGCAGAUGAUAUAACGCUAUUGGCUCGUUAAUUUAUAUUGCGGCAAUGACAAUGGGGUUAGCAUUUAAAAAUAAAAGUAAAGUAUCGGUCCAUUAAACUCAUGCUACCUGAGUGAAUACAUCGCAGAAAUGUUUGAUUGUGUGUUUGUUAGUUUGCGUGGUAUACGAUCAGGUGUUGCGCAAACGUUCCAGGAAUAUCGUAGGUAACUUCUGCAUUCUAAGUAACGAUAGAUCGACAUUGAGAAUCGGCAACGAUGUCCCAUUUAGACACAAGAAUUACCUGUUAUUCUGAUCACAAAACCAAAAAUGAAACCCAAGAAUCUGUUCUUAUUAUUAACUUAAUUCAAUGCCGUACUAUAAGCAUAUUUGCUUUAAAAUAGGUCCAUAUUAAUGCAUCGCUAUGUCUAUGUAUAUCGAAUCGUACCUAGGAUCUCCUGGUUCUAACCUACAAUAAAUUUUAUUUAUAAGAAAAAUAAUGACAUUGUUUUUUUGAUCCGGUUGAAAAUGAUGCUGCACGGCUACGGUACACUAAAACUUCAUAUUCUACAGUUUCAUAUAUACACAAAUUGACGCAUUUGUGUUGUAAUUGAGGUGCCUGAACGUAUCGGGGUCUCGCUGGCACAAACAUGACUACUUGCAUUAUAUAUAUCCAUAGCGCACUUUGCUAAAAGGGCCUGAUUUUUUUUUCAUUUUACUAUAUCAAUGGUAUAGUACAAAAAGCUGCAAAACAUGGUACUCUCGUCUCUGAUCUUCACAAGCCCUUUCUAAGACGGAUGUGUUUCUGAUUUUUUUUGAACUAUUGUCAGCUCAGUAGACAAUUACUCAAUCUCACACACAGCAAAACUGUCUUCUGUGCACCCUUCUCAGAUAAAUUCACCUUGGGUGUUGCACAGCACGCAGUCGAUAUGAAGAUUUAUGGAGGAAUAGACUCCCCGAAUCAAAAAACUUUCAUAUUACGUAGGCUGACAAAUUUCAAGAAAUGAUGCUCCGAACCAAAGCUUAAAUGAUUUACUGCCAACUGUGCUCCCACGCAUUUUGGGCAAAGCGAUUCUCAAUAAAUGCUUUCUAUGAAAAGCACUUGAUCAAAGAUGAAAAUAGCGAUCAUGUAUUUUAUGCUCUGACUUUAGUGUCGUUUAAGUAUGGAAUACAAAAUUUUCUAUGGCGAUUCCAAUGAUUAGUGACCCUGUGAUCUACGGUUUUUUUAGUCUACAGAUUUAUCGAUCGUCUCUCCUUUUUAAUGUGCGAGCAUUUUGAUUUACAGAAUGACAGAACGUCGAUAGAAAAAGUGAAACCCAUCUUUGCCAGGGAAAAGCUCAUGGGCUCCCGGUAGGUUUAAGAGGCGCAAUUUCUGACCACCUUUUUUUAUUUAAGAACGUUGCGAACUUCGAAAAAGCACUUAUUUUGUAUUUCGCUUGUAUUGUUUUUUUUUUUGUAUUGUAUUUAAGAUUGCAUGUCCCGCUGCUAAUGCUGAAAGGAACGCCUCACCUAAACCCGCUGCUCUUAGAGAAAGUAUUAAUAAACUAUUUCCGUUUUGUAUUAGCCGUAGGCUACAAGGGGGUCAACUCUUAAAAAGAUGUAAUGCUGUUUACGUUGAAUAAAACAUUGUAAUAUACAAUAUAUACUAACUUAUAUUGUGCACAUGGAGGUCCUCUUGAUUUUUACUUUGAUUUUAAUUAGCGGUACAAUAUGAUGAAACCCCUGAUAUACUGGAUUCGCAAGGUAUCUUCUCUCUAGUGAACGAGAUAUUGUUCUAUGCAGUUCUUUAACAAUGCCUAUUUCAAUUAGGGCACGACGAUAAGAAAUCCUAUGCUUCUAGGCCUCUACGUAUCUGUACAUAUACGCUUUUAUCAUAUCAAAAAAGCUCUAAGAAUUACCGUACAUUUUGUGUGUCGGCCUGAUCUAACGAAAAACCACAACGGCUGAAAUGACAUAUCUUCAUGAUUUUAACGCUGACUGUAAUGACAAUAAACUUUUUUAACUGGCUACUUCAACAGGGGGUAAAAGUUUGUGAAAUUCAAAUAUAAAGAUCACUUAGUUUUUCUUGCUAUAUUUAAAACAGACAAAAUCACUUCUAUAAUGGUGUUGAAUGUGGCACUUCCAAUGUUGAUUGGGUCAGGAUGAGAUGACUGAAAUCGGACAGUAAGGAUAAUUGCAAGCAAGCGUUAACUUUGCUAAGCUUUGAGAAAGAUUUAAGGCACCCACUCCAAAAGCUAACAGAAUUGUGCUGGAACGUUCAGUACCCAUACGUAAUGCGGCACAUGGGCUAGAAAAACCGAGUAUUUAUUUAAGCCCAAGCAAUUAGCCAAGACUGUGCAGGUUUUGGAGCGCUAUUUUUUGUGUACUUGCAGGUGGCUUUGCGAAUGAGCUACAUAUAUAAUCAUAAGGAAAAAUAAUAGGAUGGGACAAGAGUCACUGUCUUGUCCAGGACCAUUUGUUCCACCGUAUAUAUAAAUAUAUACUUCGAAUAGAUUUAUCUAUAAUAAUAAUAGUGGUCGAUUUGAGUAUAUCAGGUUU